AUGACAAAAGCUGUAUGGCAUUGGAAUUCGAAUUCAAAUCCAUGGUGUCCAAAACAAGAACCACAUUGGACAAAAUAUUCUGAUAUAGACAAUGAAAUUAUCGAAAAUGCUUAUCAAAAUCAUCAAAAACAUGUUGAAUUAGAUGCAUAUUUAAUUGAUCUAGAACAUAAUGUACAAAAAAAGAAAUCGAAUCACAAUAAACAAAGACCGAUAAGAAGAAUUUUAAUUGAAAAAGAUCAUAAUUUAAGGAAUGAAAGGUUUUUUAUACCACCAAAAUUAACUAAAACAUUUAGUUCUUAUAGUGCUUUUCAUUCGAAUUUUAUUCAAGAAUGGACUACAAGAAAUUUUAAUAUAAUGCAUGAUAUGAAGAAAAUAGUUCAAAAUGCAGCUGAUGGUAUUAUUCAUGAAGGUCAUUUACUUGGACAAGAUAAUCAAGCAAAAUGGUUAGGUAACACAUUACUACAAUUUAAAAAUAGUACUGAAAAAGAAAUUAAUAAAUGUUGUGUACGACUUUAUACUCAUGAAUCAUUUCUAUAUAUAUUAUUGAAUAAAACACUACGAGAAGAUGAUAUGAGUAAAGUAGAUACUCUAGGACCAUUUGCUUAUCUUUUACAUAUGAGCAGUUCAAAUUUAAAAGAACAUCUUUACCAGGGUAUUGUUUAUCGGGGAGCCAAACUUGAAACAGAUAUGAUUAAUGAUUAUAAAAAAGCUUUAAAUGAUGGCUGUAGAUCAUGGAACGGCUUUACAUCAACAAGUAGAAAUCGUCAAUAUGCCGGAAAAUUUGGAAAUGUAUUAUUUAUCAUUGAUAUUUUACAUUCUGGUACUGCAAUCGAUGUAUCAUCAUUAUCUGAAUUUUCAAAUGAAGAAGAAGUUCUUAUAAAUGCUGGAUGGAAUUUUUCUAUUAAUAGUAUAGAAUUUGAUCAUGAUGGAAAACAGAUUAUUCAUAUAAAGCAAGACUAG